AUGGAACCAUUUCGAGCUUCUUCACUUUUCCAACCAGCAAACUUUGUCGCAGCUAUCGAGUCCCGGCAUGAUGCUGAGCUAGAUGAGAAGCCCGAACAUUUGUUUGGUGCUUACUUGACAAUCCCACACACCCAAGUCGCCCGCAUCAUGGCAGUGCUUGGUUUUGAUUUCAUCUUUGUUGAUACUCUACAUGUGCCAACUGAUCCAGAGAAACUCGUGGACAUCAUCCAGACCAUUAACUUCGCAAGUGAGGGCAAAACUUGCGCACUUGUUCGAAUCCAAAGCCCGGAAUCGGAGUUCCUGACGUACGCUUUGGAUGCAGGCGCUGCUGGAAUCAUAUUCCCCCAAAUCGAGACAGCUGCCGAGGCAAGAGCUGCGGCGAAAAAGGUCCGGUAUGCAUACAGUGGUGGAGAUCGGUCUGUGUCACCAGUAGCUUUACUUGAUGGCAUCACAAAUAUUGCCCCGCCUGGCUGGACUGCAGAGACAGUCGCUGAUAGGAACAUCGCUGUGAUAUGCCAAAUUGAGAGUGUGCUUGGGAUUGAGAAUGCCCACGCCAUCGCCAAAACACCCGGCGUGAAUGGUCUCAUGAUUGGAUCAGGUGACCUUCGGGCCUCACUUGGUCUACCAUGCCGAAAUCCUCCCGGCCACAGGGAGCACCCAAGCUUCUAUGCCGCUUCUGCUAAGCUGGUGGCUGCAGCCAAGAGCUGCGGAAUACCUCUCAUGGCUCCCGCCUUCAGGGCUGACCCCGACGACAUAGCUUGGCUACGCGACUUCAAGAUGCUCAUCACAAGUGUCGAUACAUUGAGUAUUGUGAAAUCACAUCGACAAGAUCUUGCUUCAAUGAAGGAUAAAAUAAUAGGCUGCGAGCACUAUCACACAAAUGGAUUUUGA